UCCCGUUUACCCGUUCGUUCUUCGUAGUGUUCGCUGUUCAGUAUGAAUUAUUGUGAAUAAUAAGUAUUGUAGUGGUAAAGAAAUAUCCCAAUAUUUUCAUAUUGUUUUUGAUUUACUGGUGAUGAUUUAUUAUAUGCCCGAGCACUAUCUGAAUCAUGGCUGGGCAAAAAUUUCAAUAUGAUGAAAGUGGCGGCACAUUCUAUUACUUCAUCUUAUCAUUCUUAGCUCUUCUGCUUAUUCCAAGCACUUACUAUUGGUGGCCACGCGGAGUAAAAAUAGACACAGAAUCAGAAACAUCUACUUGCCAAUGUACCGGUUGCAAGAAGAAGAAACUUAUCAUCCAGAAAAAUGAACCAUGGAAAAUAUUCAAAAAUUACUUCGUAAAAUUCUUGAUCUUUGGCGGUUGGGCAAUUCUAUUAUUCUUAGCGUACAAAGUAUCGAAAUUUGAUUAUGAAUACUCAAAUUUUGAUCCGUAUGAGAUCCUUGGAGUCCCAAUUAGUUCAUCCGAAGCAACUAUUAAAAAAGCUUAUCGUAGACUUUCAUUGAUUCUGCAUCCGGAUAAAGAAACCGGAAACGAAAAAGCUUUUAUGAAAUUAACGAAAGCCUAUCAGGCGUUGACUGAUGACGAAUCUCGUAAGAAUUGGGAAAAGUAUGGGAAUCCUGAUGGACCCGGAGCUAUGAGUUUUGGUAUAGCCUUACCAUCGUGGAUUGUAGAAAAAGAAAAUUCUGUUUUGGUGCUUGGAUUAUACGCUUUAGUGUUCAUGGUUGCGUUACCCGUAGCUGUUGGAAUGUGGUGGUAUAAAUCCAUCAGAUAUUCUGGUGACAAAGUUUUACUGGAUACUACACGACUUUAUUAUUUUUUCUUCCAUAAAACACCAUCGAUGCCCUUGAAAAGGGUAAUCAUGAUCCUAGGAGCUUCCUUAGAAUUUGAAAAGAAACAUAAUAGCGACAUUGUAGAGAGAGAAUCAGAUGAAUUCGAAAUGCCCAAAUUGAUAAGUCAGCUACAUAACUUAGGAGAAAAAAAUCGUGAGCGUCCGUUGUAUUAUAAAUAUUCCUUGAAAGCUAGAGCAUUAAUUCACGCGCAUUUAUCAAGAAUUCCAUUAAAUCCUGAAACCCUGGAUUUAGAUAGAAUGGUAGUUAUCAAAAAAUGUCCGCAUUUGAUACAAGAAAUGAUCAACUGCAUAGCUCAGUUGAUAUUAUUGGCGUACGCGCAACGAGUUCCAAGACUGCUGAAUAUAGAAACAUUGGAAAACUGUAUGAAAUUGUGUCCAAUGGUCGUUCAAGCUUUAUGGGAGUGCAAAAGCCCGCUAUUACAAUUACCUUAUAUUCAAGAAGAACAUCUUAGACAUUUUGUGAUUAAAAAACGUCAUAUUAGAAAUAUCCAGCAGUUUGCUCAAUUAAAACAUGAAGAUAAAAGAUCCAUACUGAAAUUUUUAAAAGAUGAGCAAUUUGAUAAUGUCAUGAAAGUUAUAAGCAGGAUGCCUCAUAUCGAUUUUCAAGUGCGCUGCGAAGUAAUCGACGAUGAAGCUUCCACUGUCUUUACCGCUGGAGCUAUAGUCACUGUCACUGUGGUUCUUAAGCGUAGAAAUUUAAGCGAUGUUUUUGGCGAUGAAACAUACAAAGAUAAAAACAUUAUAGAGAAUAACGAAAAAGAACAGCAACAGCUGCAGCAACAACAACAACAACAACAACAACAGCAGCAGCAACAACAACAACAACCGCAGCAAGAGAGCAACGAAGUGAAUUCUGAGAAACCAGAAAGCGAGCAACAACAGCAAGCUAAUAAGGCCAAUCCGAGGCCAGUUUGGCAAAAACGCCAAUAUAAAACGAAAAAAGGUAAGAAACAACAACCUACGCAGAAGAAACAGCAAACAAAAUCGAAAGCCGCCAACAAAAAGCUCAAUUGGGAAAGGAAACAGAAGGAAAAACAAGAACAAGAAAAAGAAAACGAAAAUUCCAAACCGGAUAAAGAAGAAGAUGAAAAAGACGAAGGGGAUGAAAAAAGUAAAGAAGAUAGAAAGAAUUCUGAUCAAGAAGAAAAUUCUAGCUCUGAGAACGAAUCUUCUUCUAGCGAUGAAGAAGAAAGUGGAAAAUCCGACAACGAAAGCGCCGAAGAACAAAAAAAACUCACCAACAAUAAACGUUCCCAAGAAAAUACUAAAGAAGAUGACGACGAUAAUUGGGAAAAAUUCCAAAGUGGCAUUAAUAAAAAAGAUCGUGUUUUGGAAGGUCGUAGUAAACAAUCGCAUUCCGUUCAUUGUCCUUACUUUCCUGAGGAUAAACAAGAAUACUGGUGGGUUUAUGUCAGUGAUAGGAAAAGUAGAACUCUUCUAACGCCACCUUACCACGUCACCGAACUCGUUGAUUAUGAUGAAAUUCAGUUGAAAUUUACUGCCCCUCGGUGGCCCGGAGUGUAUACUUUCGCUGUGUGUCUGCGUUCAGAUUCAUAUCUAGGUUUCGAUCAAAUGCACGACAUCAAGCUUGAUGUGAAAGAAGCGCCCGAAAUUCCUACGGAACAUCCGCAAUGGGAUAUAUCAGACGAAGACGAUGAAAGUAAAGCUGAAGACAAUGACGAAGAAAUUUCAGAAUUUACCACCGACGAAGAUGUUGAAGAUUGAAAAUGUUUUUGUAUGUAUUACUAAUGGAGAAAUGGAACUCGAGUUGAAUAUUUACUCAGAUUUUUAAACAUGAUUUCAAAUAACAUUCUAAUUGGCAGCUUCCUUCUCUUUCUACAAAAAUUCUUGAUAAAUGUAAUUUUUUACGAAACAUUAAUUAAAAUCAUGUAUACUUAGACCUACAUGGUAAUUGCUAUUAAUAUGUAAUGUUUAAUAUUAUACCUAUCGAAAUGUUUGCUGCUGAAUACAAAUGUGAUAUUGUGUACUCUACAGUCGUAUGGUACUGAAAUGCUUGGCGUGUAUUUAUUAUUUUUAUAUUUAUAUUGUAUUCAUUUGGCCAAACGUGUUAUUAUCGAACGAGUUGUAAAAAUAGUACGUACGAAUGGAGAGUUUACUCAAACUUAUGGAGGAAAAAAUGUGAACAACUCCCUGCUCAGAAGGUACAUACAAUUUUUGUUAUUCUCGUAUUUUUUUUUUCUUUGUCAUCCCUACAUUUUGAAAUUUUAAAAUUCUGAUGUGAUAUAAGACUGUUACUGUUAUAUAGAUUACCAUUUUUUUACGAUUUAAAAUUGAAGUAUUUAAAAAAAAAAAGAAUUUUAUAAGUACCUAACGCGUAGACGAAACUAAGUUCGGUAUUAUUUAUGUUGUCAAAUUAUUUUAAAAAAGUAUUCGUACAUUGUCUUGAACAGUUGAAUGUUUGUAGGUUAUUUGUACAGUAUUUAUGUAUGGUUGAAAAUAUACCGUUGUUGAGGGAUUCCAUUAUUUUA